CCCCACACUGGAGAGCGGAUCCACUCGCCAAGGCAGCGGCGGAAGAAGAGCGAAAGCCUCGGCUGCACAGAAGAUGCAGGGGACCAUGCGAUUGUGGCUGUCCGUCAUGAUGCUUGCCCUCUGCCUGCUGAUCUGUCUGGGGACACUGGCAGAAGCGUAUCCAUCCAAACCAGACAGUCCUGGUGAAGAUGCACCUGCAGAAGACAUGGCCAGAUACUACUCGGCACUGAGGCAUUACAUCAACCUCAUCACACGGCAGAGGUAUGGAAAGCGAUCCAGCCCAGAGACCCUGAUCUCUGAUCUUCUGUUGAGAGAAAGCACAGAAAAUAUUCCUAGAUCUCGGUAUGAAGAACCUGCGAUGUGGUGAUGGAAAGAGCCCAUCUUCAGUCUUUCCCCUAGUUUUCCAUCCAUCUUCCAUUGCUAGAAGACCAGCUGGAGCUUCACUGUGCCCCAUCCCUGCACCAUAACUGCAUGCAACCAUUGUACUGAAUUCUGUAGAAUUUUUCCUUCAUUAUCCAUGUACAUACAUUUAUUUAAAUAAAUUACUUGUGCACUCUCAAUGGUAACAUUUUACAUGAGAGGGACACACACACACACAGAGAAGCCAUUAUAAUGGGUAAAUAUUUGUUUUUAAGCUAUUAAAAUUGAGUUACAACUGUCUUACACUUUGCUGUCAGAUGUGGCAUGAGCAAUUAUCACAGCACCAACUCUAAUGGUUGUAACCAGUGGGGCUCAAUUUAAGAUUUAAUUUAUAGAACACUAUUGUUUCAUGACAAUUGCUGCCCA